AAAUAAAGUUCAAAAGACUACUCCACUCACUAUCCCUACCUUAAUAUAUGCUCAUUCCUCAAGUCUCAUUAUUUCUCAACAAUAACUAUGGCAACUUUUCACUCAUUUCUUCCAUUCUUCCUAAUUCUUCUUAACACAUAUUUAGCAACCUCACUAAACCCAACCUUUCCAAUUAAGGAAGCCACCAUUAAAGAUCUCCAAACAGCCUUCCAUGAAAGCAAGCUAACAUCAAAGCAACUAGUCAAAUACUACCUUAAUCAAAUUCAAAGACUAAACCCACUUCUAAGAGCAGUAAUUGAAGUAAACCCAGAUGCUCUAAAACAAGCAGAAGAGUCCGAUAGGCGAAGAGCGAGAUCUAAAAAAUGUAGCAAAUUGAAUGGGAUACCGAUAUUGAUUAAGGAUAAUAUAGCAAGUAAAGAUGGAAUGAACACAACAGCAGGAUCAUUUGCAUUGUUAGGCUCAGUUGUUAAAAGAGAUGCUGGUGUUGUUAAAAGGUUGAGGAAAGCUGGGGCUGUUAUACUUGGUAAGGCUAGUUUAAGUGAAUGGGCUAAUUUUAGAUCUAGUAAUGCUCCUAGUGGAUGGUGUGCUAGAGGGGGACAAGGCCAAAAUCCGUACAACUUAUCAGCAAGUCCUUGUGGGUCCAGUAGUGGAUCGGCCAUAGCAGUAGCAGCAAACAUGGUAACAGUGACUCUAGGGACCGAGACAGAUGGCUCAAUCCUUUGUCCUUCCUCUGUCAAUUCCGUCGUCGGUAUCAAACCAACUCUCGGUCUUACUAGCCGUGCUGGAGUUAUACCCAUCACUCCUACUCAAGACACUGUUGGCCCAAUUUGUAGGACAGUGGCCGAUGCAACAUAUGUUCUAGAUACUAUUGCAGGUUAUGAUCCUUAUGAUUCCAAAGCAACAAUGGACGCACGAAAGUACAUCCCUCAAGGGGGCUAUGCUCAAUUCUUAAAGUUAGAUGGUCUUAAAGGGAAAAGGUUAGGCAUUCUAAGAAAACCCUUCUUUGAUGACAUGUUUCCUCAAGGGUCCUCUGCUUUUAAGCAUUAUUUCCGUGUUUUAAGGGCUAAAGGCGCAGUCUUGGUCGAUAAUUUGGAAUUACCCAACAUGGAUGAACUUAUGUCUUCCAAUGAUGAGAUGAUGGUGAUGCUAGCUGAAUUCAAAGUAUCACUAAAUUCUUACUUGAAGGAACUUAUUAGUUCUCCGGUGCGAUCAUUGGCCGACGUAAUAGCAUUUAACAACAAUCAGGCCCAAAAGGAAAUGAUCAAAGAAUAUGAUCAAGCAAUAUUUUUUUAUGCUGAAGCUACAAAAGGAAUUGGACUACAAGAGAAGAAAUCCUUAGCAACAUUAGCAAAAUUGUCAAGAGAUGGAUUUGAGAAAGUUAUGAUAGAGAACAAGUUAGAUGCAAUCAUAACACCUGGUUAUUCGUUUUCAAGUGUUCUGGCCAUUGGAGGAUUUCCAGGAAUAAGUGUACCUGCUGGAUAUGAUGAGUAUGGUGUGCCAUUUGGUGUUUGUUUUGGAGGCUUAAAGGGUAGUGAACCUAAACUUAUUGAAAUUGCUUAUGCUUUUGAGCAAGCUACGAAAAUUAGGAAGCCUCCUACAUUUUGAUUUUUUUAGCUUAAAAGUUAUGAUAGAUUAUGACAUUCAUGUACAACUUGUUCAAAUAUUUGUUUACAAGUUUAUUUUAGAUAAAUUUGUAAUUUUUAGGAUUGAUUUAAACAUAUAAAUAUGCCUAUUUCGAUUA